AAAAUUACGGCUGAUGAGGUAUUUGGCAUAAUACCAUACGUUGUACCAGAGGUCCUACAAAUCCAAAAAUACACUACUGCAAGCGAUAUAUACUCAUUUGGAAUGAUAAUGUGGGAAAUUUGGGAAAUUUGGAAUGGGAAGCGUCCGUUUAAUAACCGUAGCCAUGAUAUCGCACUCAUUUUUGAUGUUUGUGGUGGAAUUCGACCGGAUAUUCCUGUUGAUAUGCCGAAACAUUAUCGAGAACUAAUGAUUCGUUGUUAG